AUGUCAGAGAAUGUUCAGGAGGCGGAUGAAUUUGUCGUGCCGUCCCGACUCGAUCCUUGCUCAAUCCCCAACUUGAGCCGUGAGGAAUUCCCCACUUCCAGGAGUCCCCCUUUCAUCAUCACUCCUCUCCACCCUGCAACCACUGCUGGCAACAUGCAACUUCCGAGAGCAAGGACUCUGGUGCCAGCGCACCUACCUCACCUUCCACCUGAAAUAUGGGAUCAGAUCCUCGAUGCUGCGGCGUAUGUCCCAUAUUCUUUGCCCCCAGAGAUUUUGGAAAGAUCACACCUUAUCGGUCAUCCUUACAACUCCGAGUGUCGUGCCGCGCUUUGGAGCGCCCUCCUCACAAACGGCGCUAUAGUUCGUGUGUGUAAGCAGUGGUGGCACCUUGCAAUUCGCUACCUUUAUCGCGCCAUUUACAUCCGAGACACUCGCGAUCUACUCUCUCUCCGCAGCACUCUGCAGAGCUACAACGAGGGAAAGGGAACUUUUUCAGGGGUGGACCCUCUCGGAUGGUGGACGCAGCGGGUAGAUAUCAUCUUUGACAAUGAUAUUGAAGGAGACGCGGACCAGAAGUCAUUGGCAGGCAUCUUUGACUUCUUGCCUAACGUCGCAAUCUUUUCAGGGACAUUCUCUGGCAGUUAUUCGAAAACUUAUAUGCCGCCCACUGUCCACGCUUUGCGAGAUUGUGCGUCUUCGCUGCGAAUCAUUGAUUGGACCGCUUCAGACGAUAACGCCCCGGACCCUCGCAUACUGCGUCAGUUUGAGGUACUGGUGAAGGACCUGCCCAAACUUCGUAUCCUAAACUUGCCAGGCCUACGACAGUGGGCAGAUGGUACUAUAACCAACUCUACCCUUGCUUCGGUUCGCACCCUCUGUCUGCGAGAUCUCAUCGAGGGAUUUCAGUACAGGGAGCAGGAACAGGGGACACCUCUGAGUCUCCGUGAACUCGUUCUCCAUGCCCACCCACGGUGGCAAGAGGCCUCAUGGAGGAGUUUUUUGCAUCAUUACGGCCCACACCUCACUUCGGUACAGCUCCGUGCCAUCGGUGAUCCAGAGCUCAUCUCAGUUUAUCUGCCCAUGGUAAAACAAACGUGCCCAAAUCUCCACCGCUUAACGCUCUUCUUGCUGUCGUUCUCAGACAUGCCGACGCAUUCUCUCCCUCCCAUUGAAUACCUCGGAUUGAGCAUCAGACGACUCCAGUGCAGGGCAAUGUUUGAGACCCUGUUCUCUGUUCUUCUUGUCCUUAAAGAGGAGCUUCCUACACUCCACAUAGUGCAGCUGCUAGACCAACAAAUUGUGGAGGAUCUCCUCAGGUAUAAUCUGCCUGUGGUCUCCGGCGCAGUUGAACAGGGUCUGAUCGGAGAUGCAUUCCGUUUGGAGGAUCAUGACGGAAACCCCUUGUCUACGUUGUCAGACACCCAAGCUUGCUCGCCCGCACCACUUCUACAUGGAAGCUCGCUGUCACACUUGCAGGGACGUCCUCGUUUCCUUUCCAAUCCGCCUAGCAUCGCACACGCCCAUCCUGCACUGCACGAUCUCCAGUAUUCACGACAGGCUGGCGAGUUGGCAGACGUCUUCGUUUUCAUGGUUCCGUCAGCUAGUGACCCUGCUGUGAAACAGGAAGUGAUCCACGCACUACAGGAUUUGGAGGGCGUCGUGAGGGUCGAUGAACUUGUGGCGCGUAGAAGGGCGAAGAGAGAUGAAUUUUAG